UGGACUGCAGAUGAAUUCUGGGACAUCAUGAAUGAUCUCCCAGAACAGGAUGAUGGGACACCUUCCAUGCUACUGGCACUCUCAGUGUACUCUGACAAGUCUCAGCUGUCCAGCUUUGGAACAGUGAAGGUGUAUCCAGUCAUCCUGCAUGUCCUCAACAUCCACAACAACAUCAGGAACACAACUGGAUUUGGAGGUGGCCACCUAAUUGGACUCCUUCCUCAUGUUGAAGAAAGAGCAGAAGAUAAAUUUGACCUGGCAUCAUAUCGCAGGAACUUGAUCCACAGCAGCUUUGCUGAGGUGUUUGAGUCUCUUAGAACACCUAGUAAGGUUGUAACUCGGCUCCAGUGUGGUGAUGGGAAGGAACAUCAUAUUUAUUUCUAUAUCAAGGAUGCUGUUGCUGAUGGAGAAGAGCAGACCAUGUUGACAGGCACAUUGGGACCAAAUGCAAAUUAUCCUUGCCCCCGAUGCAAGGUUCACACCAGCCAACUAUCCUCCUUGACAGUCAAAUGGCCUGUUCGGACAUCAGAAGACAGUCAUUCAAUAAUUGAAUCUGCACAAUCUGCCAACACAAAGAAGCAGGCAGCUGAAAUCCUCUCCAGUGCUGGCUUGGCUGGGGUUUGGGUAUGA